UAUUUAUUUUUCUCCUCCAUAUUUACGCACCAAACGAACCCGGGAAGGUUUUGAUUGCAGUGACAGGGAGGAAGGAGAACGAAGGCUCUCUUCUUCGCCACACAGAAAUUCUACCGGUGCCGAUUUGUUUCACAGAGAUGCAAGAUCAGAGGAUAGUGCUACCUGAGAAUGAUCUAGUUCCCAAGCCAAGGAAAAAGAAAGCUGCUGCACAAAAGAAGGCCCUGUCGGUUCAAGUAGGGCAGAAGGCUUCCAAAAGAGGCCAGACAAAUGAAGCUUCCGUGUUGUUCCACAAAUCAGAGAAACCAAAGCCAAAUUCAUUGGCAGUAGAUGCCUCUACUUCUGGAGAUGAAUAUCGUGUACUGAGGCGAAAGUAUUUGCUGUUGGAGGAGGAAAGCUGCACGCUUCAGAAAGAGUUAAAGUUAGUCGAAGACGAGACAAAGGCGCUCGAGGAGGAGAAACUGAGCCUAUUGGAUGAUCUUGUUGUGUUAGAAGGUCUAGUUGAUCCUUCAGAGAUUCAGUCCCGACGCCAGCGCUUGUAAUAACUGAUGACUUGUCAUUAUGCAUUUUAAUAUGAUACAGUACAAUUGUGUAAUGCAUUGUUGGCUGAGUAGUAAUAACUAAAGUACUUUUACUGUGUUCAAAAUGCACCAUUGUCUUC